GCGCGUCACUCCUUGGCAGCCACCACCAAUCCCCACACGCGCGCGCGGACGCGCCGCUUUUGUGAGCACUUGAUGACUUGCGACGCUUUUACAGUGUCGCUGUUGAAUAUUACAUGCAAAGCUAACAGGCAGACUGGACCCAAUCAGCUUUUUCCCCUUUUGGGUUCAGGCGCUGCGGUGACGUCAUUGUGGGGGGGAAUGACAUCAUGGAAUGAGUAAACCAUUAACUCCGAGUGAAAACAGUUUUAUGCUAACACCAGCCAUGCUAACUAGCCGCUGUGGUUGGUUAGCCCGCUUGUUGACUUGAUAGAAAGCAACAAUUGCCACGUAGGGGGGGUCACGAGACCCUCCCCGGGCGCGACAGCAAUGAGAUGGAUGGAUAGCGCAUAGAGCACGUUUGCUUUGUUUAGCGUCCGCGCGCAUUCCUUUCCUCACACCUUAAAACACUGAAAUGUGACCUUUGACCAGACCUAUGAAGGAGGGAGGGCCGAGUGACAACCACAGUUGCGAGGACAUAUACACACACACAAAACACACACGCAGAUACACAACAAGUGACAACCCGAAGAACCGAGCACACCACAACGCUGUACAGCUCGGCCGCCAUGUCUAAAAACGCGGUAAAGAAGCUGCACUGGCGCUCCAAGGCGCAGGAGGGCUUCGUGCCGCUGGGCGGAAGCUCCGGCGAGCUGGGGCUGGCCAUCGGCGGCGGCGCCGACUAUGGCGAGUUUCCUUUUGUGACGGUGGCGCCGGGCGGCGGCGCCAGUGUGGGCGACAUCAUUUUAGAGAUCGGCGGCACGCCCGUGUUGGGCAUGACGUUGGGGGACGUCCGGGGCGUCCUCAAUUCCUGUCCUCACCCCAUCAGGAUCAAAACCGUUUCACCAGGUGCGUCUCUGUGUAAAGACCUACGCCUGUACCUCAGUAAAUGUUUCACGCCAACCUCCAUGGACAGUCAGUUGCAGCAGCUGAUCCGAGAGAACCUUUAUCUGCGCGCCGUGCCCUGUACCACCCGGCAGCCUCGUGACGGGGAGAUCGGCGGCGUGGACUACAACUUUGUGUCCAUCGAAGAGUUUUUUUCUUUGGAGGAGUCGGGAGCGCUGCUGGAAAGCGGAAAGUUCAAAGGCAACUAUUACGGGACGCCCCGCCCGGUCCAUAUAAGUCCGGACAGUCCGCCGAUUACAUACCAGGAACAUCGAAACCUGCUGAGAAACUUCCGGACCAGGAGCAAAUCUCUCAGCAAUCUGGAAAAAACCGUAGAAGAAGACAACAGCGAGGAGGACAGCGGCCUGUCUGGAGGGUCCGUCGGCGGCGGGCCUCCAGCGCUGCCAGCCAGUCACUCCUGGGGCGAGUCCCUGGCAAGGAGCGGCGAAGGAAUGGACAACGGCGGAAGAGGAGCGGCAAGAGGAAGAGCUACCGUGGCCGACGCGUGGGAGGUGACGUUCGGCAACGGCGCCGACGCCUUCUUUGUCGAUCACGUGUCCAAAUCCAGACAGGAUCUCCGCGCUCAAAAGAAAGACGCCGCUUCCUGUUCGGCAGAACUUCCAGAGUUCACCGAUCAGCCGAGUCAGCUGCAAGGUUUUUCGGUGCACACGCGUCUCUCCAAAGGCCCGCGAGGCUUCGGCUUCAACAUCGUCGGAGGCAGUCGAGCGCGAGAGUUCCUGCAGGUGUACAGCGUCACGCCCGGAGGCCCGCCCACUCUCCAUCAAGCCGACAUCCUGGUGUACAUCAACGACGCGUGCGUGCUCGGCCGUUCCCACAAAGAGGUGGUGGAGAUGCUGAAAUCCGUUCCGAUGGGCCAAAGCGUGGACGUGGUCCUGAGGCGAGGCUACCCGAUGCUCUACAACCCGGACGGUUGUCCCAAACACACCCUGGACACGCCGCCGACCCCCCCCGAAAACCACCAGCGCGGACCGCUAACGUACAGCCACGCGCAGGACGCCCCCUCCGGCGGCGGCUCAGGACUUUGCAGAGGCUUGCCCGCCUAUUCGGUUGAGCCGCUGACCAAUGGGCUGACGUCUCCAUCGACCCCCGCUUCCUCCGAACCCCCCGCCGCCCAUCCCCCGAGCCCCUGUGAGAGAACGUCAGCCAAUCACAGCAACUCCGAUGGGGGCGUUCAUAGGUCGUCUGCGACCGGCUACAACAGCGACACCCUUGCCACGCGCUCCUCCUCCCCCCCUUCCCUGCUCCGCCAUCAGAGCUCCAGGUCAUCAGAGAGCGACCUGUCCGCAUCCACUUUCCCCAUCGCCCCCCCGUCCAAACCACGCGGGUCUUCGCCUCCCGGCAGCGCCGCCCAACGUCCGCCGAUGCCGCAGACCCACUUACCUCGCACGCCGCCCCGUGAGAUCCCACCCUGCGGCUUCAACGGGUGCCCGGCCAAUCACCAAGUGCCCCCUCAGCAGCCCCUCGGAAACGCGGGCCCGGUGCUGCCUCCGGGUACGGGGUUCUUCCCCGCCGGCGAGUUGGUGCCGGUGGCCCUGGAGCGCCGGGAGGGCGGCGGCCUGGGUUUCAGCAUCACGGCGGGAGGGCCGGGAGGUCAGCUGGCCGUGGUCAGGAGGGUCUGGGACCGCAGGCACUGCCCCUCCCUGCAGUCGGGGGACGCCGUGGUCAAGAUCAACGGUGCCGACGUCCUGAACCUCAACUUCUCUCAGGUCCAGAAAGUUCUGCAGGAUCACUCAAAACAGGGGAAGGUGGUUCUGCUGGUGCGCAGACAAGCUCCCGUCUCCACGCCUUCGGUCACGCCUAAUUUGUACAAGCCCCUCCCCUUCCCGCAGGGUCUCACAAGCCCCCCGUCCCAACCCUCAACUUGCACCGAUUUGCCUUCCCCGUCCUCGCGUGCCUUGCUAGGCGGCGUGCCACCGCUCAGCCAGGCGGGCUUGGCGACGGAGGCCCCGCCGGAGGGGCGCUUCUCAGUAGCAGGGAGCCCGCCCAGCCAGAUGGCCAACGGGCCCCCCACCUCAGGCCUCAUCCAGAGCACCAGUUUCCUGGACUCCGUUCCGGUGACCUUGACCUUAGAGCCACGCGACCUACAGGGUGGGGAGGAAAGCUCGGCGGGGCCGAUCAGAGGAGCCGUUGCCAUGGACACCAGGGAGGGGAAGAACGUGGAGGUGGAGCUGACAAGGCGUCCCGGUGAAGGCUUCGGUUUUGUCAUCUCAUCACAAGAAGUCGACCGUGGGGCCCCGUCCCGAUCCCUGAUGUCCCAUCGCUUCGUGACGGUGCGCCGGGGCAGUCCAGCAGCUCGCAGUGGCCUCAUCCAGCCCGGAGACCAGCUGGAGGCCGUGGAGGGACGGCGGGUGGCGUCCCUGCACCACAGAGACCUGGCCCAGAUUCUGAGGAGGGCGGGGAACACGCUGAAGCUCAGCGUGACGCCACGAGCGCAGUCAGACGGAGCCGACGUGGAAAUCGACAAGCACUUCGCCAAAGGAUGCAAAGGAAGGGCGAAGAACGAGUCUCGCUUCUACAGAGUGGAUCUGGAACGAGGUCCCACGGGUUUCGGUUUCUCUCUGCGGGGGGGCAGCGAGUACAACAUGGGACUCUAUGUGCUGGGAUUGAUGGAUGGGGGGCCGGCCCAAUGUAGCAACAAGAUGCAGGUUUCCGACCAGCUGGUGGAGAUCAACGGCGACGGCACGGCGGGAAUGACGCACAGUCAGGCCGUGGAGCAGAUCCGCAGAGGAGGUCGUCGGAUCCACUUAGUCCUGAAGAAAGGAAACGGCUACGUCCCCGAUUACGGCCCUGAGGAAGAUUCCUCCUCAUCCUCCUCGCACACGGAGGAGCAGGAGGCCCGCGCGGUUGCCGUGACGACCGCCUCCCGCGGCCCGCCGAGGAGAAAGCACCCGAGGGGAGCCAAAGCCGGACCGAGACGAGGAGGAAGCGCCGGCGGGGGAGGCCCGCCAGAUCUGGACUUGGACCUCGUGGAGGAGGAGGCGAGGAGGAACGAGCGAGAGGAGGAGAGAAAGAGGAGGCGGCAGCAAGUGAGGACGGCGGAGGACGCAAAGCGUUCCGGGAGCGGGCCGGCUUUUCAGCGGGCGCCGUUCUCGUUCCUGAUGCCGCGUGACGAGCGAUCGCAAGACGGCGAGUCAAGCGCCAGUCCGUCGGAAGACGGCGAGUCGCUCGCCGGUUCGGCUUCCGCUUGGGGAAGAGCCGGGGCGGGGCGCCGGGAGGGGCGGGGCUUACCCUGGCGGGAGCCCGGCCCGGAGCGACUGACGCGGGUUCUGAUUGGCAGUCGCCUGGGUGGGCGGGGCCCAUUGGCCGGACUCACGCUCUGAAUUGACAUUUCGCAUUGGUGACUUUUUGAAGGGCUUCUUUUUUGUCUUUUCUUUCUUCAAAGCCUUUUCCUCGCAUGUGAUCGGACAACACGGUUUCUGAUUGGGGGGGUGCGCUUCAAAAGAGGCCCGGCCCCCCAAAUCGGUAUGCAAAUGUCACCCUUUCACCCCUGACCUUGAAGCAUGUCCAUUCGUUUGUAUUUUUCUAACCCCGAAGGACCUUCAUAGAGUCAUAGAGACGCAUUGCUUGCUUGUCGUGAAAGAACCUUUAAAACUU